CGCGGUCGUAUGUAAUUUUCGGUUUCCGAAGACGUUCAGUGCUAAAUAAUUCCUGUCAUCUUGGGUUAUUGAAUUGGGAGGGGCAUGUGAUCAGUUUUUUUGUGCAAUGCAGUGACAGAGUAUGAGAAUGUGAACACGAGUUCUAAGUGCAUUUCGAGUGCCUUCAACUUAUAUAGAAAACAAACAUACGUUAGUGAAAUACCAAAAAAAAGCGCCACAAUGGUGCAUAAUAGAUUCGUAGUACAAACAACGAUUCCGAUUAACGGUCACGGUCGGGAUAGUUCAACUCCAACCGCAUUCAGACAACUGGGUGACCCGGUUCAGGUGAACGGCGGCGAGCCUAACCACAACACGACCAAUGAUGGAACUAACCCACCGGGAAAUCGUCGCACGAGCAUAAUGGGCAUGAUGAGAGAUGCUUUGCCACGGCUUGAUCAUUACCGUAUAUCGGUGCGGAAAGGUAAACGACCAUCACUGGGAGAGCUACAGGGGGAAAAAGAUGAUACAGGAGCGAAGCAACCUAUCGAAGAGGAGCCCGCAAAAGCCGGUGGCCACCUCAUUAGGUUGGGAUGGAUUCAAGGUGUUACAACGCCAUGCCUGCUCAACAUUUGGGGAGUGAUGCUAUUCCUGCGACUUAGCUGGAUUGUUGCGGAAGCUGGCUUUAUCCAAGCUAUGCUGAUCAUAGGACUGUCGUACGUGGUGUGCGUGGUUACCACCUUAUCCUUAUCCGCACUGUGCACUAACGGGCAGGUCAAAUCCGGCGGUUUAUACUACAUCAUCUCCAGAUCUUUAGGACCGGAGUUUGGGGCUUCCGUUGGUGUAGUGUUCGCAUUCGCUAAUUCCGUAAACGCUUCAAUGAACACGAUUGGAUUUUGUGAAUCACUGAACGGUCUACUAGCAACCUACAAUUUAAAGAUUAUAGAUGGGGAUGUAAACGAUACCCGGAUAAUUGGAACAGUUGCAUUGCUGAUUAUGGUGGCGAUUUGCGCAGUGGGAAUGGAUUGGGAAGUUAAAGCCCAAAAUUUCCUACUUGUUUCCAUUCUGGUAGCAAUUGCAAGUUUUAUAAUCGGCACUAUUAGAGGUCCCUCGGAUUCAGAAGAAAUGGCGGAAGGUUUCCUGGGCAUUUCAGCGGCUGUGUUUUCGUCUAACUUGGGGCCAAGCUAUCGCUUAAGUGAAGGUGUUCAGCAAACUUUUUUCACCGUGUUCGCCAUCUUUUUCCCGAGUGUAACUGGCAUCCAGUGUGGUGCUAAUAUUUGUGGAGAUCUAAGAGACCCUGCAACAGCGAUACCCAAAGGAACGCUCCUGGCCUGUCUGAUUUCGGCCAUUUCCUAUAUAUCGUUUUCGUUGUUUGCCAGUUUGGCAUCUGUGCGAGAUGCCUCUGGUAACCUUACAGACCUCGUGGGAGUUAAUUUUACAUCGUGUGAUCCCGCUCUAAGCAACUGCCAUUAUGGACUAAACAACGACUACGGAAUAAUGCAACUUAUGGCAAUCUCAGCUCCACUGAUAUACCUAGGAUGCUGGGCGGCUACUCUCAGCACCGCAUUAACCAAUCUGCUCGCUGUUCCCCGGCUUAUACAAUCGCUUGGCCUCGAUCGUAUCUAUCCAGGAUUGAUAUUUUUCUCCAAAGGUUACGGCAAACACGGUGAACCUUAUCGCGGAUAUAUUUUGGUAUUUUUAGUUGCAUUCCUCUUCCUCAUGAUCGCCGAGCUGAACACGAUUGCGCCAUUGAUCUCUAUUUUCUUCUUGGCUUCGUAUGCUCUGGUCAACUUUUGCACUUUCCAUGCAGCCACCGUAAAACCACUCGGAUGGCGCCCAACAUUCCGGUUCUAUCACCCGGUGAUAAGUAUCCUGGGUUCGAUUUUGUGUGUGACUAUCAUGUUUCUUAUCGAUGUUGUGUCCACCUUCGUGGCAAUUGUUAUUAUUAUUGUACUCUACCUUACUGUGAUCUACCGGAAGCCGGAUGUAAAUUGGGGCUCCUCUAUGCAAGCCGCAGCCUAUAAGUCUGCACUCAACUCUGCAUUUAAUUUGGAACAAGUAGGAGAGCAUGUCAAAAACUACAACCCACAGCUUCUUGUUAUGACUGGAAACCCUAUGCAUCGACCGGCGCUGCUGAAUUUUGCUCACCUAAUAACGAAAAAUAACUCGUUGAUGAUUGUGGGGAAUGUGUCUGAAGAGAAGUUACCUUACAAAUACCGCAAACUUUUGAUUACCGACGGGAAGAAAACUGUAAAAGAUAUGAAAAUAAAGGCCUUUUAUCAAAUAAUAGACGGAUUACUGUUUGACGAAGGAGUUCGUGCUAUGAUUCAAUCUUCCGGAUUUGGAAAACUAGCUCCAAACAUUCUACUUAUUGGGUACAAAGCCAAUUGGAUUAAAUGCAGCCACGAAGAGCUGAAUAGAUACUACAAAGUUUUGCAUAACACAUUCGACAACCGUCUUUCUUUGGCAAUUCUUCGACUCCCUGAAGGUUGCGAUCGAUCGCACUUCAUUCCUAAUAACUCAGUCAUGGAUCUCAAUAUAUCUUAUUCCACGUUGAAUGUUGCCUCCUUCUCAGCAGUAGAAAGUUCUCCGCGUGGUCGUUUGGGAAAACCUGGCUUGAUGCCGGUAAAUUCCAACUUAGAUCUCGCAUCGAACGCAAACAGUGAGAGUACACUUAAUGAAGGUAAAAAUAAUUACCAACCGAAUUUCACAUUUUCUAAUUUUUACAUAAAAAUUACAGUCGCCAUAAACCUAGCUUCGUCAAUUCCAUCCAAGGAAUUGACUAGGUUCAGAGAAAAACAACUGCCGGGAGACAUCGACGUAUGGUGGUUGUACGAUGACGGAGGAUUAACAAUCCUCUUGCCUCACAUCAUAGCAGGACGGCCGAAGUGGGCCGCUUGCCGAAUCCGGGUCUUUGCACUGGCCAGCCACCAAACGGACUUCGAAGAAGAACGUAAAAACAUGGCGACCUUGUUGGAUAAGCUUCGCAUCAAGUACGUAUCCCUAACCAUGGUCUCCAUUACGGAUAAGCCACAGGAGUCAACUAUUGCUGCCCAUCGUUCGCUGCUCGAUACGAUUGCCGAGGACCAGGAAAGCAGUGUAAUCGUCAGCCAGGAGGAACGGGAGCAACUUAUGAGUAAAACUUACCGCCAGCUCCGGCUUCGGGAGCUUUUACUGCAAAACUCGAAAAAAUCCUCUCUGAUUGUGAUGUCGAUGCCAGUGCCACGAAAGGAUAUUGUGUCAGCAUCGCUUUACAUGUCCUGGCUGGAAAUGUUGACGAAAGACAUGCCACCGUUCCUACUAGUUCGCGGUAAUCAAACCUCGGUGCUAACAUUCUACUCUUAGCGAUGAAUGAACAAUAUAUGGGAAUGACUUUACAUCUCAAAGAAAAGCUUUCAUUUGCAGUUCACUAUCGGCUUCAUUUGAUCAUUGUAAUUUCGUUGCGUUUGCCUUGACAACUUUCUAGUGAUUAGUUUACGAACAAAGUCGAAUGAUUGUAUGAUGUUUUAAGUAUUGAUAUUAUAAAUAAACGAACGAUACUGUCCAU